AUGGAUUCGGCUGACCAUGAGCCUGAUCCCUUUUCCAGUGACAGCCUAUGGAGACUUUCCAGGUUCAGUAUUGAGGCUCUACAGCCCCUAGAAGAUCUACCAUGGAACGCGGACCUACCGACGAUUCCAAAAGCAUGUUUCCAACCCUCAAUCGAUGGAAUUGACACACCUGACCCCAUUUGGAAGCUCAACCUUUUCUCAAAUCACCUCGAACGCCCCGGGUCUACGGCGGAUUCACUCAUCGACCCUUCGAUCGAUGCCCAAUCUGAUGCGCCAUCAGAACCGCUCCCAGAUCUUGCAGACGAUGAUGAUAUCUGGAAACUCGAUUCCUUACAAAGAGAUCCCGGUUAUACUACCCCUCCGAAGACAUGGGAGAAAUACCAAGACCGUUUACAUUGCGAACCAGUGUCAGCAUACUUCACUGAAUCGGGCGCUAAAGGAUUCGAUGCUGCACUGGCACACCAAGCAAAUGCAAAAGGAAAGUCAAUCGCGGGCCGCCUUGUUCGAGAUGAGAUCUUCAUUCGGGCACUCCUUCGCCUUGGACUCGGUUGGAGUUCGUUAUUUUUCCGCUACAACGAGGGGACAAGGACAUUCGAGAGACACCUGAACGAUGUGCGCGUUUCCGGGGUGAGCCUCGGAAUGCUCGAUACUGUCAUCUCAAGUGUGCUGCAGUGCGGUACGAACAUGCAGCAUAUACGGGCUUUCGCAAGAAAUGCGCCCACCAAGCCCAGGGAUCUGUCUUCUCUAUUCACGUUGCGCGGUACCAUUGCAAUCAUCAUCUACAACUUUGAACAACAGAUUCUCGUAUAUUCCCAAAGCAUCGUGUCAGUUCUGCAGGUCAUGACCCUCUUCCAAAGGUGUGGGGACUUGAUAAGCGUGCUGGCCGAUAUCGUCCAUGUGGCGGGGAAGGCCAACUCAGACGCCCAAGUCAUAUCCGCUGUUAUUGAGCGAGCAGCAAUCUUUACCCAUAUGUUUGGGUGGAUGGAGAACCUCUUGCAGGAGAUCGUCGUCCGAGUAAGCAACCCCUGGUUUGAAUUUGUCGAACGUUGGAUAGGGCUCCGUCCUGAGGAGGGUGCUUUCAACGAAUUGGUGGCUAGUGGAAGGAUGUUUGUUCAUUUGGAGCAUUAUGAGGACCCUACGAAGUUCAAGACCGGAUUCAAGAGGAUUGAAUAUACCUACCUUGGUGCCAAUAUGCCUUCUUUCAUUCCCAAAGACCAAGCCCGGACUAUCUUUGAGAGCGGACGAAGUCUGCGACUCCUGAAGAGAUCACACCCGCACCACCCAAUUGCACGUCGUGACGUGCUUCCUCGCGUAGGAAACAUUCAUUUACACUGUGCAACUACGUGGAGUGAUAUCGAACGAAUUCAAAAACGAGCAAAUGAGUAUGAGUCCAACCUCCGCAAUGAGAUUCUACGGUAUCACAGAGGGCAAUAUCCUCUGCAACUAGCAGAAACCGACGCUGCUGGAAGCAAUGAACCGUCGAGUGAUAACUUGGAAGAUACUUAUGAAUUGUUCGAUUUGGAUGAUGAGAGAAAUAUCUCGGGAUCUGUACUAGAUCGAAAGGUUCUUGCCGACGACAAGGUCAAUCAAUUACUUCACGAAGUCAGAGAGCCAGCCUCCGACUUUGUCGAUGCCGCCAGUCGUUUUGGUCCUGAGCUAUCAUCUGCGCUCUAUCUCUCGCUUGCUCCGGUCAUUUCUUCCCAGGCACAACUGAUCGACUUCUCCUACCUCCACCAUUUGUUCAAAGAACACAAUGUCCGGCACCACUUUAACCUUCAAUGGCGAUUUCAGUUGCUCGGAGACGGCUCCUUUACCUCCCGCCUCACACAUUCUCUUUUCGACCCCGAGAUGGAGAGCGGAGAACGCAAGAAGGGCGUAGUCCGAAGUGUUGUUCAUACUGGGCUACGGCUGGGCAGCCGUGAUGCCUGGCCUCCCGCGAGCUCAGAGCUGCGACUGGUUCUCAUCGGACUCCUUGGGGAUUGUUAUUUUUCUGAAGAUGAUCCCGAUAAAGAAAAGCCAACAACCCAGCAAGACAAUGAGCUCCCAGGUGGACUAAGUUUUGCUAUCCGUGAGUUGACAGACGAGGAGAUUGAGCGAUGCAGAGAUCCAAACGCUAUCGAAGCCCUGGACUUCCUCCGUCUCCAAUACAAACCACCCGAAGCUCUCGAAGCACUCAUAACAACAAAGUCAUUAAAGCGGUAUGAUCGUCUCUUUAAGCACUUGCUCCGCCUGUUGCGAAUGGUGUCGGUGGUCAAGGGACUCAUCCACGACUCGACAAAUCGCGGCUCCAUAUCAGGAGACAUACGAAACGUGUUCCAAAAGUUUCGAAUUGAUGCGCAACAUUUUGUUCUGGCAAUUAGCGACUACUGCUUUCAUGUGGGUAUCGGAUCCAUUUGGGACCAGUUCCAGAACACGCUCACGAGAAUCGAGCGUUGUCUCGACCGCGGUGACAUCGACGGGACAAUUGAAGCUGCUCAUUCCGUCCCGCGCCUGCGUGACUUCCACGAAGACAUUCUUGACCAGAUGCUAUUUGCAUUCUUCCUCAGCAAACGACACGCACAGGCCGCUAAGUUGUUGGACUCUAUCUUCGGGACUAUAUUGGCCUUUAGCCCCCUGUCUAAGGCGGAUGGGUUGAGUGGACUACGCCGGGAAAACGAAGGGACCGUCUUUCACUUAUACUCGACUUUCCGCAAACAAACGUCGGCCUUUGUUGGAUAUCUUCGUAGCUUGGACACGGGCAAGGCAUCUUCAAAAUCUAUGGGGAAAUCAGAAUCCCUGCUUGGCUCCCGGACUGAUACGACCAGUGUUUUCGAGCAUCUGCGAGCCAGGCUAGAUGUAAGGGAUUACUACUGA